AUGGCAUGUGUGCACAUGGAUCUGACAUACACGUGGGCCUGGGCCGAAAUUUUUUUGAAUUCCCACCUAAAAUUAAAAAUAUUAAACUAUUUAUUAAAAAAUAUUAUCCCUUACCAAAUAACUCCCAUUAUUUUGAUAGGCGAAUGGGAAAAAACUGAAGCUUUGCAGCUCCCCACCACUAACAAGAGCCAUGGUGGCCGUGCCAUACUCCGCCACAUUAUCUUCCCCCUACGCCACCACCUGCAAACCAUCUCCGCCGUCUCUGCUCUACCUCUACAAAAACGCCGGCGCGGCGGCGGCGGCGGCUCCAAAGUCCCAUCCAGCUCCAAUGGAGGAGUCGUCUCCGUCAGAGCUUACAUGGAGGACUCCAACUCCGUCUCCGGUUUCGCCCGGAAAGUGAUUGGCUCGCUCCCGGUGGUCGGCCUCCUAGCAAGAAUCGUGAGCGACGAAGGCGGCCUCGGCGGCGACAUCAUCGAUUUCGCGGAGUUUCGGAGGAGGGUCGGCAAGAAAUGCUCCAUAAAUGAUUCCAGAGCCUUCUACGAAUUCCAGGACCGCCGUGGCCGGUCAGGGGAUCCACUGUAUGUGUUGCUGUGCUGCUGGUUAGCAGCUGUUGGUGCGGGUCUGCUCAAAUCUGAGGAAAUAUUGGAGGGUGUGGCAAGGCUUCGACUCUCUAAUGACAUCGAAUUUGAAGAGGAGAAUUUUAUUUCGAUGAUGAAUGAAGCAAGAGAGAAGCGAGCAAAGCUGAAGGCCCCUCCCCCUACUGUCCCUAUGGAGAUUAGGGCUGAGAAAGCCCUUGAAGCUAUUCGUGUGUGUUGCCUUGGCAAGGACCCAAUUGAAGAAGAAGAUGAGAGAUUAUUGUGUGUCAUGCUAAAUGCUGUUUUCCCCUCAGUUGGCAAAGCAGAGAUUGCUAGAAUCGUCAAAGACAAGGUAAGGAGAGUAGCAGAAGGGAGUGAAGCCGACCUAGUUCCAGAGCCAAAAAGGCUGUCUAAAGAAGCUGUGCAGCUCCAAAUGAAGGAUCUCCAGUUUCUAAAACAGAAAAGUGAGACUUAAGAAGGCUUCGCCUUUGUUGUGGUGAUGCCAAUGGAAUUUUAGAGAAUGCACAUUAUCUGAAAUUUGUUAAAGACUGAAACAGUAAAGUAGCGGGAGAGAGAGAGAGAGAGAGAGAGAGCCUACCACCAAGUAGCACAGAGGUGAUACUUCCUAGUUACUGUUUCUAAACAAUCUGCAGGUGCUUAAAUCAAUAUCCUUUAUCAA